AUGUCUGAACCCUCGGCACGCCUGUACAUCGGCCGGCUCCCCCAGGGAUGCCUGCGCGAAGACAUUUCUGACCUGUUCCGUGGCCUGGGACGCAUCGUCGAUGUGCGUGUCCUGAACGGAUUCGGGUUCGUCGAGUUUGACGACCCCCGCGACGCGGAGCUCGCGGUGCGCGACUUUGACGGCACCAUGUUUAUGGGCGACCGCAUCAUUGUGCAGUUUGCCAAGCAGCCGCAGCGCCGCGGUGACGAAUUUGGCCGCGGCGGCCGCGAGCGCGAGCGCGACCCCUACGGCGCGCCGCGUGGCUACGACCGCUACGAGUCGCGUCCCCCCCGCCGUGGCCCCCGCCGCGGCGACUUUAGGAUCGUGGUGUUCAACCUCCCCCCGGGCACGAGCUGGCAGGACCUGAAGGAUAUCGGUCGCGAGCACGGCCACGUCGUGUACUCGGACAUUAAUCCCUCGCGCCCCGACGAAGGCGCGCUCGAGUUCGAACACCGCGACGACUACGAGCGUGCCCUCGCCAAGAUCGAGGGCACCGAGCUGCGUGUCGCGCUGGCGCGACGGCGGGCUUCCCCGCGCGACGGCGACCGCUGGGGCCGCGACGCGCGUCCCCCGCCGCCGAUGCGUGACGACCGCGACUACCGCGACGACCGUGCGCCGCGCGACUACCGUGACGAGCGUGCGCCGCCCCGUGACGACUACCGGGACGACCGCGCGCCGCUCCCGCCCCGCGACGACUACCGCGAAGAGCGUGCGCCGCUCCCGCCUCGUGACGACUACCGCGAAGAGCGCGCACCGCUCCCGCCUCGUGACGACUACCGCGAAGAGCGCGCACCGCUCCCGCCUCGUGACGACGACGAGCGUGCGCCACUCCCGCCUCGCGACGACGAGCGCGAGCCGCUGCCGCCCCGCGACGAGUCCGCUGCGCCGGUCGAGGAGCACGCGCCCGCGCCCCCCAGCGAGGACACACCUGCGCCCAGCGAGGAGCACGCACCGCCCCCCCCUCCCGACAGCGAGCCUGCGGCCCCGACCGAGGCGCCGCCGUCCUAA